CUUAAAUGUUUUGAAUUUGUUAAUGUAAACUGGAACAGAGGUCUAAAAAUUGAACCGAUUCACAGACGUAUCUGGAUAUAACAUAGGGUGUUCAUAAGAAUUCAAUUCAAUGUUUCCAGGACCACCCGGACUACUGUACCCGCAUUGAUGGAAAUGGCAAGAAACACGGUGCAUGGAAACAGCAACUCGAUGAAUCCCAUGACACGCACGCGAUGCCACAUCGGCACAUGAUUGGAUGAUUUGAACUGGAUUGAAUUGGUCGUCAACAAACAUGGCUGCCAUCGUCUGCCUUGGCAAAUCUUCAAGUGAAGUUAUUCCUACACACUCCCGCGUGGACAAAUAGUGCUCGUUGUGUGUCGAUUGAAUAUCUUCCAAUUCGUUUGGAUGCUUUUUUCGCUCCUGCAGAAAACGGAAUACGUAGUAGAAAACACCGCUCCUGCUGGGCGCUUCAGUCAUGGAUGACACACCAAGCUGCCCUCUUUUGGUUGUAGUCGACACGACAACAAACCCGAAAAUGACGAAGGAAAUGAAAGUCAUUGUUGAUAAAAAACACUUCCUGACUGUUCCCGAUAUUGUGGAACAUCCGGAGGAAAAUGGCCAGUCUCCGGGUGAGAACGGCCAUACCUUCUUUCCCCCGAAUUCGGAACUACCCGAUUCUGAUCUCACGAAAUUAAAAGCCAUGACAACACGCCUUAAUCUCAGUACAAAACGCCCGAGUUAUAUAGAAUGGCGGGCAAAGUUCAUGGACAAACCUGAUUUGAUACGGACUCUGUCGAAUGGGUUGUCGGCAGAUGCGAUAACGGACAAACCAUGGACGAAGCAAACUGUCCAGGACGUCGACCAGGCACUGGCUUGGUUGAAAAACGAACUCAUUGCAAUGCGAGGCGAAGACCAGGCUAUUGCGCGAAGGCUGAUCACCAUUCGUCAGGAAAUUCAUGAGCUGAAAUUAGAAUGGUCAUGUGACGAACACAAAAUGGUUCUCGAGGAAGCGCGAGAGGAACUAGAUGAGGACGAUUUACUCGCGGAACUUUGUGAUUCGCCACUCGAUAUCGGUCCUCUCAGCCCGAUGGCGCCAUUCAAAGAGUUGGGUAUCACGCGCAUGAAUAUUUCCCGGAGACGAUUUAGCGUCAUGUGAUAUCACGAUGUAAAACAUAGCUCUCGACUUUAUGCAACCUCGUUUCAAGGUAUCUCCUGUCAUGUUAUAAUAUUGCUCAUCCCUGCUGCUUCUGACCCUGAACGUUGUUGAAUGAAAUUCCAUGUAUAGCAGAGGCUUGGCUGGCGACAGCUUCACAGCCAAACUCACAAUAAAAAGAUAGCUAGCAUUUGCUUCGUAGGAGAAGUACGCUAGGAAACUGCUAGUGUACCACUAAGCAAUCGUUAUUAAUGGCGAGGCUUGGGGAUUGCUUCACACCGGUGGCUGCGCAGUAGACUCCGAUGCAGUCCAUUUCGUCAUCCGGUCGUCCUCGCUCUAUGGCGACAGGAAGAGGCCGUUCCCACUGCGUCUGGAGUGUGGUGCGUAGAGGCGUGGCGUUUAAUAGCUUCACGUGACCAGUAGUGGUGUCUGCUCCCGCUACGACUCGGAUGCUGUGUUCGUUUCGAUGCUGCAGCUCCACAUACUUAGUAGUUUGACGACAUAUCAUUGCGAUAUUGAUAAUUUCAUGAUUUUCAAUUGGCUAGCGAGAUGUGACUCUGUUGAGUGUACGAUAGCAUUUUCGCUAUGGUUUUCGGAUUGCAUGUUGAUACCGGCAAUCUGCUAAAGGCUCUCCCCAUCGACAUUUCUUCUGCUUUAAAUUUGGCGUUUGGCGGAUUUCUAAAAUAAAGUUUAU